ACACAGCUCUUCCUGCUCCUCUGAUCAGCCAAAACAUCCCUAAAAUGGGAUCUAUUUCAAGAUCGACCUUCUGUGUGUUACUGCGAUCAUGUUGUGCGCAUGCGCGCUGGCUCAGUACUGCAGAGGGUGUCCCUCACCGCGGCAGCUGUCAGGAGCUCGGGGAUGUUGGACAGAGGACAGCUGUCCUGUCCUCGACUGUCCUCCGGGGCUCCAGCGCGAUGAGAGGCGCAGUCUUGACCCGCUGACGGCUCACGUUGCUCGGGUCGUCAUGGCCUCUCUUACCGUCUCCUCGACCGCCAGGAACAUCGAGAAACAUCGCAAGUCCUUGUCGCUGCUCUUCUACCGGGCAGUGCGGGACCUGAAGCCGGUGUGGAUGCUGGAGGACAUGCGGACGAUGGAGACGUUCUACCUAGAAGAGGACGAACGACAGAGGAGUUACAGCCCGUCCGAGGCUCUUCUUUACGCCAUAGUCCACGACCACCAGGCGUACGCCCAGUACCUGCUCAGCCGCUUCACCGAAGAAGCGCUCGCAAAGCCCGGGGAGCGUUUCUGCUGCUGCCCGUCCUCAGCGCCUCACCUGAGCCUGGCUGUGCGCUACGACAGGCGCUGCAUCCUGGGCCACAUAUUACAGCGCACCCACAAAACAAGUCACACGGACCACGCCGGGUCCUGGCACACAGAGGGCGGCAGGACUGCUUUACAUCUGGCCUGUGAGCUCUUGCGGCCCGAGGCGGUCAUGAUGAUGCUGGGCAGCGGAGCUUCACCACACGCCCGGGACCAGAGCGGCCUGACCCCGCUGGACGUGGUUCUGGAGAAACUCAGGGACUCGAAGGAGGCGAAGAGCCGGGACAGUCGGCAGUGCCUGGACCACCUGCUCAUGUUCAUGCACACGGUUCAGUUCCAACUGAGAGGAUGUUUAAAGAGCGAGCCGGAGCUCUGGAGGACGCUGCUCGGCGAGGACACGUACCGGUAUCUGUCGGGACGGAGCCCAGCGCCGCUGCUGCUCAGCGCCAUGCGGACCGUGGUGAAGCAGCUGCGUCCGGACACUUUCCCCGACUGCCUGCACGAGCUGCCCCUCCCCCCGGCCCUCUUAGCGCGGCUGCUGUAGCCUCACUGUGACGUCAGGGCCACCAGGGCGCGUGCUCCAGUGUGUGAUAUGACUGCUGUUUUAGCUGUGUGCGCGUGUGUGUGCGCGCGCGCGACAGUAUGGAUUUAUUGAAAUGAUAUUGAAUGAUUGAGAUCAUUGUGUUUAAACUCAUCAUUGUCUAAAACACACUGAAUCAUCUGCAGAUCAUGAACCUUUUGUAUGAACUUGAAACGAGAAUGUUGAUGAUUAUAAAGUAUAAAGUAUGUUGUUGAACAAGUGAAAUAUUAAUGACUUUCAUCUUCCACGAUUACAACAAUAAUGGAAAGUGGUUGUAAGUGUUUUUGGUGUGAAACGUGAUCAUAAUUGUAGUAAAGUGUUAAUAGAGAAGCGGAUCAAUGACCUGGAUUGAAUUAGAUGUAAAGCAAUAACAUUUGAAGGAACCUCAUGUGAUAAUGUGACUCAUGUUCUGCAGCAUGUUGUCAUGAACACAGCUUUAUUCUUCCACUGUAGUCAUCUGUUGAUGGGUCACCCACAGCUGCCGACACUUGACUGAUGCGGUCCAGUUUGUUUGUAAUGUUACAGCUGAUCUUUAUUCAUUUGGGUUAUUUAAAACCUCUGACCUUUUUAAAUAAACAGGAAUCUAAGUGGUGA